UGCAGCUGAAUUUCAGCUGGGAUUGUCCAUUGUGGACUGAAUCUUGGAGUGUAAAUGCGUGUAUGUAAAUUAUGCGGAUUAACCAAUGGCUAAGUAUUUCGUCGUUAUCCUGAGAUCUCGCACUUGGAAGGGGGUUAAAAAGUUACAGCUUACUUUAUUCAGCUUGUGUCCAGACGGGGGCACUGUUGUAUAAUUUUAAAUACUUUUAUACUGCUUUUGUGUUCCCCUUUCUUGCCAGUUUGAUUUUAUUCAAGCCAGUCUUGUAGUUUCAGCUGUGUGGGUGGCACUGAUGGCAGCAAACGAGGCGAGUCUAACUGUUGUGUAAUUUAUUUUUAAGCUGAGCUUGCUUCUGAAGUGAGUCGUCCUCUGUAGGUGGAACCAUUAUCCCCUGAUCUUGUACAAUGGACAUUUAGUAGUCCCGACCAGAGCUCUAUCACUCUCAUAACAUCUGUCCUUGAUCGAAGUCUGUGCCCUUAAUAAGGGGUUAAUGAUUCAUACCCUGGAUGGAAACUUGCACGCUGUCCUGCUGAGCGUGACUAUUUAGGCCCCCCGUAAAAUCAGGUCAUUAUUGUACAGCAACUGUGCCCGGUUCUGCUAAUUACAGGCUAAAGUCUGACACUCCAAAUGGGUUUACUUGCAGUCCAAGCAAUUUGAUUAUGAGCCAAGUAACUACUAAAUCCAGCAAGCCCUGCGGUCCUGAAGGACCUGCUGCGGAAUAUACCCAUGCGCCGCCACUAGAGGGUGCUUAUUUUUCUCAGCUCUUGGAAUGUGUGAAUCAGACGCUUCGAAAAAUAAUUACUGUGGCCGCCAGCCUGAUUUCCUGGGUGUUUGUCAAACAUAAUGUCUCCAGUAGAGGGAGCCAUAAUUAUAUGAUAUAAUCAUAAAAUACCAAAGAGAGGUGGCUGUCCUUCCCGAACAACUUUCUCUACAAAGAGCAAGCUUUGUAAAAACAAUUUCCCCACAGGGACAAUAAAGUAUCAAUUAUAAUUAUUAUUUUUAUAUUUCCUUUUGCCUCCAACUUCUGAUAUUUGGAGUUUGCAAUAAUAUAUAGUAUAUCAUUAGCUUGGCAUUAGAAACAAAUAUCAGUAGGCGUUAAAGUUAUGGCGCUCUUUAUGAUAACACAGCUAUUAGUGAUUGGCUCCUGACUAAAAGAGGUGGUUCAGUGAGAGAUUAUAUUCACCCCUUUCUUGGAAGUAUGAUUACAGUGCUUCAUUGCACCUUCCCAGGACUUACCAUGGUGGCCUUACAUUUGUUUGCCCUGCACCUCUUUCUGCUGGCUGCGUCUGGCCACUGCGCUGCUCCAGCUGAAGAAGAGAACCCAGAAUUCUGGAGGAAGCUGGCUAAGGAUGCAUUGCACUCGGCAGUCAACCAGAAACUUAACACAAACGUCGCCAAGAACAUCGUUCUUUUCCUGGGCGACGGAAUGGGUGUGACCACCGUCACGGCUGCGCGCAUCCUGAAGGGUCAGCUGCAGAACCGCACGGGAGAGGAGACCGUUCUGACCAUGGACACUUUCCCUCACGUCGGCCUGGUCAAGGUGUAUAGUGUCGACUUCCAGAUCCCAGACAGUGCAGCUACAGGUACUGCCUACCUGUGUGGGGUCAAGACCAACUUGAACACUGUGGGGCUGAGCGCGGCAGCCAGGAAUGGGGUGUGUCGCUCUCAGAGGGGCCGUGAGGUCACCUCCAUCCUCAAAUGGGCCAAGGAUGCCGGGAAGUCUGUGGGCAUAGUUACGACGACCAGAGUGCAGCAUGCAUCGCCAGCAGCCGCCUAUGCCCACAGCGCCAGCCGGAAGUGGUACUGCGACUCGGACAUGCCCGCUUCGGCAAAGAAAGAGGGCUGCACUGAUAUCGCCUCCCAGCUACUCAAUAACACGGACAUCGAUGUGAUCAUCGGAGGAGGCAGGAAGUACAUGACCCCCAAAGGAACCCCGGACCCCGAAUACCCGGCGGAUGCCAGUGCAGCAGGCAUGCGGAAAGACGGCCGAAAUCUCCUCUCCGAGUGGCAGCAGAUGAAAGGGGGAAAGGUGGCGCGCUACGUGUGGAACCGCACGGAUUUUGACGCCGUUGACCCCAGUAAUACAGACUACCUUCUGGCUUUGUUCGAACCCGGGGACCUGCGUUUCGACGUGGAAAGGGACCCAGCAAUGGAUCCCUCCCUGCCUGAGACCACGGAGAAGGCCAUUCGCAUCCUGCAAAGAAACCCCAAAGGGUUUUUCCUCUUUGUGGAAGGCGGGCGAAUCGACCAGGGUCACCAUGCCAGCCGGGCAUCCAUGGCCCUACAUGAGACGGUAGCUCUGGACACGGCCGUGGAGAAGGCGCUGCAGCUGACCAGCGAGAAUGACACCCUGACCUUGGUCACCGCUGACCACUCGCACUCGGUCUCCUUUAACGGCUACCCAUUCCGUGGGAACAGCAUUCUGGGGAAAUCUCCACUAUUUGGGCUGGAUAUGAUGCCGUACACCACACUGAUGUACGGAAACGGUCCAGGACAUAAAAUCAUCAAUAAUAAGCGACCUGACAUCCGCGGGGUGGACACAGCAUCGAAGGACUACGUCCAGCAGGCGGUAGUACCCAUGGAUACGGAGACCCAUGGAGGUGAGGAUGUGGCUGUUCUGGCCCGAGGCCCCAUGGCACAUCUCUUUCACGGAGUGCAAGAGCAGAGCUACAUCCCUCACGCGCUCGCCUACGCGGCCUGCAUCGGCCCCGACCAGAGCCACUGCCCGGCACCCCCCACUCGAAGCUCCUCCCCCGUCCUGAGGGUCAGUGGGCCCACCAUCCUCCUCAGUCUCCUGCUAGGUGCCCUGAUCCACUGACAACUGGAUCUCUUUUUAACACCCCCCCCCCUCCCAACUUCUCCCAAGCACCAAAAUCUCUUUCUGUCCUUCAUUCCUGUUUCAGUCCAACUUGGUAUGAAGCCACAGGAAUGCGGCUUUAUGAAUAGUUGGAAAAUGACGAUUUAAUAAACUUUGGUGAAGCACUCUGCUUUUUUGGGCAGUGUUUAGCUCAGCAGGUUGGUUUGUGGGUUCGAUUCCCAUUGCUGGCUGAGAGCAGUGUGUGACUCUGUGGGAUAUGUUGUGGGUUCGAAUCCCAUGGCUGGCCGAGGGCAGUGUGUAGCUCUAUGGGUUGGGUUGUGGGUGUGAAGCACACAGCUGGUAGAAGGUGGUGUCUAACUCAACAGUUUGGGCUGUGGGUUUGAAUUCCAUGGCUGGCAGUGUGUAGCUCAAUGCAAGGUUGUGAGUUCAAACUCUCUGGCCGGAAGAGUAGUUGUCAUUGUGUUCUUAAGGAAGCCCCUUAACCCUAACUUCCAGGAGCACAGGUGCUGGCAGACCCUAUGCCCUGAUCCCAAACUUCCUCUCAUUUGUACAUGCUGUUUCUCAUGGAGAGUAAGGGGGUUUGUGGAAACUACCCAAAAAUAUUAAAUAUCAGCUACAGACGCACUGGAUCACAUCACAACCCCGCCCAUCACAAAGAGUGUGUCUCAGUUUUCCAUCUCUAACAUUAAUGGGGGGGUGAGUUGUGCGUCUUGUGCCACGCCAUGCCUCAGAGACGCUUUCCUCUGCUGAUGGCUUGAAGCGCAUGUCUCCAGCAACACUGACACCGGUGACUCAUGCACGGUCCUCUUAUGCAGGAACCCGGAGCUGCCAUUUAUAUGUAAAACAGGAAAAUUGACUCUUUCUUUCUUUCUCGGACCUUGUUGUGUUUGAUCUUCUCUUGAGGAGAUCUGCCUGGCUAAUUAAGAGUCAGAGGCAUCCUGCAUAUGAGAGGUUGAGUAUUGCAGCUGAUAAAUAAUGCAAAAUAUUUAAUGAUCAUUUUUGUACCAUUAUAAAAGAUUAUGGUAAUUUGCAGCUCUUUUUCCCCUUGAGAACACAACCUUUGAGUCAUAUGUCUGAGGACAGAUAUAACAUGGUUUUCCUGUAUAGUGCAUUCGUUCUCUUUCAUUUGCAAUCAGUUCAGCGAGAGCAGAACAAACCAUUUGCCUCUGCAGUCUCCAGACUGCCUUGGGGUGAGGGGAAGUUAUUUUUCUUAUUCAGAAGAAAUUUUGCAGCAGGCCCUUACCCAGAAUGCAUCUUGGCUUCCCACAUGCAGCCACGUACUGAAUUUUAGCCUACCUCAGCAGUUCUGAAGGGCGAGGUUUAGAAUUUAUUUAUUCUAAAUAAACCUUUGUGUCUAUUUAUUAUUUUAUGUACAACUUUUGACUUCCAGAAUUAAGUUCAAAUAUUUUUAAGCAAACCUCACAAUGAGUUCAGGAAACAUUCAUACGUGUAUAUCAAAAACAGCUUUUAAAUGUUGAAUUAACUUUUUAGGUUCGGAUCAUAAGUCUGUAUGUAGCCGCUGGCUACUGGUCGAUGGUAGGCCGUUAUUCGUCUUUGCAGCCUCGGCCAUGUUACAUGUUACAUCCAUCUCGCUUUGAGACUCUCCCGGCUACAGACAUGCAGAAGCCAAGGGCUCCUCUGCAUUUUUUCAUAUCAGUCGAUUUCUGGAGCUUUGGUCCACCUCGAGUGAUUAUCCGUACUGCACAGCUUCAAAACCUCACCCAACGAUCGUGGCAACCAAGGACAUUAACUGCUGAUGGAAGAGAUGACAGUAGAUGGCACUGCAACACAAUUCUAUACUUUUGCAGCACGGCUGUCAUUUAUGCCAGAAUUUGUCAACAUAAAUAAGAUGGAAGAAAUUCAAGAGCAGAUAAGUCAGGAGUUAGUUCAUAAUAUGUAGGAUUCAUACACACGUCCUUUGCAGUAGGCUCUGUAUUCCUACUACUCCAUCACGGCUAAAAACAAGACACAUAGGAGAGUAACUGCUCCGAAGGCGAUACAUUCUCCAUUAAAGUGUUCUUCAAAA